AUGAAACACAAUUCAUUAUCAUUUCCUCAAAUUGGGAACCUCGUAUGUAAAUCAAGACUAGAUGUUACCUACAUAAGACGUUUUGCUGAGUGGUUAAAGUCGGUAAACGUGAAGGGGAGAUUCAUUGAGGUUGCAAUGCUGAGAUCAGAAGAGAAUGUCUUCAGCCACAGCUUUGAUGAUUUGGAUGAGAAUGUUGAGUAUUUGGAGAAGAACGGGGCCCGGAGGGACUGGAUUGGCUUUGUUAUUAGCCGAUGCCCUGAAAUAUUGUCAUUUAGCAUGGAAGAACUCAAGAUGCGUGUUGAAUUCUAUUUGAAUAUGGGAAUGAAUGAGAAUGAUUCCGGGACAAUGGUUUUUGACUAUCCUAAGGUGCUCGGCUACUUGAGUAUGGAAGAGAUGAACCAAAAGGUUGCGUAUCUGAAGGAAUUUGGCCUAAGUAACGAAGAUGUUGGAAGAGUGAUUGCAUUGAAACCACAUUUGAUGGGUUGUAACAUUAAGGAGAAGUGGAAGCCCCUUGUUAAGUUUUUCUACUACAUUGGGAUUUCUAAAGAAGGAAUGCGAAGAAUUCUUAUUGCCAGGCCAAUAGUAUUCUGCAUUGACUUGCAGAACACCAUUGUGCCUAAGGUCCAGUUUUUGCGAGAAAUAGGCGUUCAGGAAGAUGCCAUUGGAGAUGUGCUUGCCAGGUUUCCCCGAAUAUUCACAUAUAGCCUUGAGAAGAAAAUACGACCAACGGUAAUAUUCCUCCUCACAAAAGCUGGAGUCUCACAGAGGAAUGUUGGGAAAGUAAUAGCCUUCCAACCCGAGCUACUGGGAUGCAGCAUCGCACACAAAUUGGAUCCCAAUGUGAAGUUCUUUCUGUCGCUUGGUAUACCUCUCCGGAAAUUGGGUGAGAUGAUUGCUGACUAUCCAUUGAUUCUUCGAUACGAUAUAGAAAAACAUCUUCGUCCCAAGUACAAAUACCUGCGACGAACCAUGGUUCGCCCUUUAGAGGAUCUUAUUGUAUUCCCAAGGUUUUUCAGUUAUUCCCUUGAAGAUAGAAUAAUCCCAAGACACAAAGUCCUUGUAGAGAAUCAGAUAAAUUUUAAGCUGCGAUAUAUGCUGAAAAGCACAGACGAAAAAUUUGAAGAAAUGGUUCAGGAUAAAGUGGAAAGACGCAGGAUAUAUGAGAGUGGCAUCAGUUGUGACAAGCCAUCAACCACUUGUAUUAAUGGCUCUGUAGAAGAUUUCUCAUUCAAUCAUCGAUCUAACUGUAGUAGCAGAUUAGAAACAGAUCAAGAAAACUAACAAAGAUAUUUGAUUUCAACACUUGUAAUAAUGAAUAUGUUUUUUUUUUUUUUGUGUCUGUAACUGUGUGUAUAUAGUGAGUGUAUUCAUUUUCCAAUGUUUUUCUAUUGUUUCAAUACAGUUAUUUAGUUGGACAGGUAGUGAACCAACUCUGUAGCUCUCAACUGUAAGGUCAGAGGAUGGACUCCUAUAAAGGUUGAACUCUAAGCCAAAU